AAUUUCAACCUCUUGCGACAUACACUCGACACUCGAUUCGUCUUCUACUUGGAACACUCUCUGUCCUUCGACAAUCUUCAGCAUGAUUGCCAACAUGAUGCACAACACUGCACCCGAAAUGGAGCGACCUAAGACUUCCAAACACAUGAUGGAACGCAAGCGGCGAGCACGUAUCAACGACAGCCUGCUACAGCUCAAAAGCCUCAUCUUCCCAGCUCUCCGCAAGGAGAUGUCACGCCAGCCGAAGAUGGAGAAGGCUGACAUCCUGGAGAUGACCGUCCGUUACCUGAAGGAGGUUCAGUCAUCGGCUCAGAGCGGUCGCACCUCCCCCGCCGCCCAGGUCACACAGUACCACGCUGGCUACAGCGAGUGCCUCGGCGAGACCUCCAGCUUCCUCGCCAACUGCGACUCGGUGGAUCUGGACACCCGCCUUCGCAUCAUGAACCACCUAGCCGACCGGUGCAGUAGUCUGGAGCCUGUAGCAGCUCCACAGCAGCAGCAGGUGAAUUACAGCUACACAGCCAAGCCAGCUUCCACUGUGACGUCACCGGCCGUCAGUCCCGUUCCCAUGGUAGCCAAUAACCGGGUGCCGCCCAUGACAUCAUACACCAUCCUGCAGCAGCAACAGCAGCAGCCAUCACAGCAGCAGCUGAUGCUGUGCAUCCCCCAUGACUUUGCCAGCCAGACCACCAGCCCCUCCCUCCUCAGCACCCACUCCAGCGCCAGCAGCCAAUCCUCCAUCAUCUUCCCCACCCCUCCGCCGUCUCCGGUGGAGGUAGCUCCAGCAACCAAGCCCGCAGCACCCCAGCCCUUCACCCAUGUCACCUCGGAGUACAGACCCAAGAUCAAGUCCGCCGUCGCUGCCUCCUACCGGCGACACCACGCCGCGAUCAGCCGCACGGUCCCCCAGGAGAAUGUCUGGAGACCCUGGUGAACUUGAUGGCACAUUUUCUCGCCUCGUAACAAUUUAGUGGUGUUUCGUGAUGAACUUUAUUGCCAAUUUUGUAUUCAGAAGGUUUCCUAUUUUUGUUUUGAUUGACAAAUUCCCAUGAUGACUAUACAUUAUGCAUGUUUCUAAGUUCCACUUGUUUCGCUUUAGUAUGAAUGAGCAAACGCUUUUAACUCUAAAAUUGAAGUUCGGUUUGUUUUCCUUUUGGAGUGUCCCAAAUUUGUCUCGAAAAUUUUCUUUGUGUUUCUUUACUUAAUUGGAUUGGAGUCGGAUGCAUUGUUUCUCAUUUUGUAAAUUUGUUGUACAUCAAGAGUAUUUUUCUAUGAUUUUGCCGCUACGAUGCGGGUGUAUGAAGAAAAGUUCUGACUGGGGCGUUGCGGGUCAACGUCCGAAGUUUGAAAAUAAAAUCACGUAAAAAGAAAA